AAUGUAUUCUAAAGAGAACAAUUGGCGUUGAAUGCUAAGAAUUUUUUUAAAUGAAUGCUGGUGAAUGAAUUCCCACCGCAUUCCUCUCUCACCUUUCUCUCCGUCGACUUCCUCUCUCUUCCUCCGACCCACCACCAGUACACUGCACCACGGCACUGCCUCUCUUCUCCAUCAGUGGCACCACCACCACCAGGAUAUAUGAAGGGCAGACACAAUUGCACAGGCAAGGCCGAAAGAAGUCAAAGUUAUGCGGACAAGGGGAAAGGAAUUUUCACGUAUGCUAAGGAAAAAGAGAUUGCUUUGGUAUUCCUGCACAAUCUAUCUCUUGGAGGAAUUUCCGAUCAAAUACGAGGCCGAGCGUCGGUAUUGCCGGUUCUGAGGUGUCUAUUUCUUCUUAGGCGGUGAGACUGUUUUUUUUUUUCUUGCUGUUAAUAUCUAAGGCGGCGGAACCGUUUUUUUAACUUUGUUGUAUAUAAUUAUAAUCCGGUUUGGUCCUAUCCAAUUUGCAUUCUAUAUAUCUAUAACCCUAUGUAAUCCUGCUUUUUGAAGUGUGUAGCUCUUGCGUCUUUGUAAAUGAAAUCAAUGUUUCUAAUGGAAAAGGAAGGCCCCUUUUUAUUUUA